AUGGUAAACAGAGGCCUUAUGGCUAGAUUUCAUACCAGAAAACUAUCCCUCAGGAUCAUCACUUUCUACACCAUUUUCACAUUCGCUUUCUCCAUCUCCAUCUUCUUCAUCUACGUAAGAACCUUCAUAGCCGAUGAAGAUCAAUCGCAUGAUCCAUUUUCUCAUCAAUCUCGAUCUCUCAAGGUACCGGAUUCGCCUAGGUACAAAGACAAACAGCUCUGGGAUUCUCCUUAUAGCCAUGGCUUUCACCCCUGCGUCAAGCCAACUGCUAAGUAUAAAGGUGUCCAACAAUUUGAGCGCUACAUGUCUGUUAGAAGUAAUGGUGGACUAAACCAAAUGCGAACUGGUAUAGCAGACAUGGUAGCUGUGGCACAUAUAAUGAAUGCAACUUUAGUCAUCCCUCAAUUGGAUAAACGUUCAUUCUGGCAAGACUCGAGUGUAUUCUCAGACAUAUUCGAUGAGUUUCAUUUCAUUGAAUCCCUGAAAGGAGAUAUCAGGAUUGUUCAGGAACUUCCCAAGAAUUUGGAAGCAGCCCCCCGGGCUAGGAAACACUUCACUUCCUGGGCUGGAGUUGGUUACUAUGAAGAGAUGACAAAGUUAUGGAAUGAGUAUCAGGUGAUACAUGUUGCAAAAUCAGAUUCUCGACUUGCAAACAAUGAUCUUCCUCUAGACAUCCAGAGGUUGAGAUGCCGUGCGAUGUAUCAUGCUCUUCGAUUUUCUCCUCCUAUUGAGAAUCUAGGAAAGAGGUUGGUGGAUCGGCUGAGAUCACGCGGGGAAAGAUAUAUUGCUCUCCAUCUGAGAUAUGAGAAAGAUAUGUUGUCUUUUACUGGUUGUGCUUAUGGUCUGACAGAUGCAGAAUCUGAAGAGCUGAGAAUUUUAAGGGAGACUACUAAUUAUUGGAAAGUAAAAAAGAUAAACUCAACAGAGCAGAGAAUUGGAGGAUUUUGUCCGCUGACUCCAAAGGAGGUUGGCAUUUUCCUUCAAGCUCUUGGGUUUCCCCCAUCAACACUAAUAUACAUUGCUGCAGGGGAGAUCUAUGGUGGCAAUACCCAUCUAUCAGAGCUCUCUUCCCGCUUCCCUAAUCUAAUCUUUAAGGAAUCCCUUGCAACUCCUGAAGAGCUGAUAGCUUUCAACAAUCAUGCAUCUCAAAAUGCUGCAGUUGAUUACAUAAUCUCUGUAGAGAGUGAUGUAUUUGUUCCAUCAUAUUCAGGAAAUAUGGCACGAGCUGUUGAGGGGCACCGCAGGUUCUUAGGUCACCGCAAGACAAUUGACCCAGACAGGAAAGGACUUGUUGGAAUCUUUGAUAAGCUGGAAACUGGAGGGCUAGUAGAAGGAAUGGCACUGUCACAAAUGGUGCAGCAGAUGCACAAGAACAGGCAAGGAGCUCCAAGGAAAAGACAAGGUCCAUUGCCAGGAGUUAAAGGCCGGGCACGUUUCAGGACUGAAGAGUCCUUUUAUGAAAAUCCAUACCCAGAGUGUAUAUGUGGUUCAAGAAGCAAACUGGAAAGAACGUGA